UGUAGAUCACAGAAACCAGAUCUCAGGGCGGUACGGAUUGUGCAAUUGGCCUCAACCCGGGGGACAAAUUACCUUUGGUCAAAACCAGGUUUGCCCCUCCGAUAAGAAAAUCCAUCUCCAUGACCUUGGAUAUGACUUGAAAGAUAAAGCUCUUCCCUUCGUACCAUCAUCGCACUUGCAUUGUACAAUUCUCUUCGACCUCAAUCAAACAGGAGCAGACCCAUCGCUCAACAGACUGUCCACGCCGUCCUUUUCCCUUCCAAACACCAGUCACUAUGCCUUCAGUAUCAAAAGCCCGCUAUGGCAAGGACAACAUUCGCCUCUACAAGGUGGAGAGGGAUGAAGCUACAAAGACUCACACCGUCUACGAGUACACGGUGACCGUGCUCCUCGAGGGCGAGAUCGAAUCCUCAUACACUCAAGCCGACAACUCGGUCGUGGUCGCAACCGAUACCAUGAAACAAACCACAUACAUCAUGGCAAAGCAGAACCCCAUCUACCCUCCCGAGCAGUUUGCUGCCAUCCUCGGCACUCACUUCAUCGAAACCUACAAGCACAUUCACUCUGCACACAUUACUGUCGUGCAACAUCGGUGGACGAGGAUGAGCGUUGACGGUACACCCCACCCUCAUUCAUUCUACCGAGAUGGGGCCGAUAAGAGAUUGGUUCAGGCCGAUGUGUAUGAGGGCAAAGGCAUUGAGAUUCGAUCCGGAAUUUCUGAUCUGCUCGUCCUCAAGAGCACUGGCUCGCAAUUCCACGGUUUUGUCACGAACGACUACUCUAUCCUUCAAGACACAUACGAUCGCAUUUUGAGCACUUCAGUCGACGCUGGCUGGGCCUGGUCCACAUUUGAGUCGCUGGAUGCGGUCAAAAAGGACGUGGCCAAGUUUAACGAGACCUGGGACAAGGCUCGCGAGAUUACCUUCCGUCUCUUUGCGACUGAGAAUAGUCCCAGCGUGCAAAACACAAUGUACAAGAUGUGUGAGGAGAUUCUGGCUGCUCAGCCCUUGAUCAGCAAGGUUGACUAUGCUCUCCCCAACAAGCACUAUUUCGAAAUCGACCUCUCAUGGCACCACGGUAUCAAGAACACUGGGCCUGAUGCCGAGGUUUAUGCGCCACAAUCAGACCCCAACGGACUCAUCACCUGCACCGUUUCGCGGUAGCUAAUCAAGACUUACUCCCAUAGUCCACCCUCUAGACAUCAUGAAGCGCAGUUUGGCAGGCGUUGAGUGAUGACUUUCAAGAAUUCAUGUCCCGGAUGUAAAUAAUAUAAUGUCCACAAUCAAAUAUUCAUACACCUGACA